GAGAGAGAGAGAGAGAGAGAGAGAGGUGCAGCACAAACAGGUGUAUCCCAAAAAGGUAAAGCUGCUCCUUCUUUUUCCUAAAGGGCAAACAUGAUGGCGUGUGCUUGACAAACCAACACCUAAGCACACUGAGAGGAUUUACACUUUUUUUUUUUCUCUCACAAGGACUGAGUUUAUACAACUAUAAGAUUCAUAUUUCUUGCCCAGGACGGGGCUUCGGAAAGGGAUCAAGGAUGGAGGCAUGAGUCGGCCCUCGGUGCUUCAUGCAUAUACCUGUCAUUAAGGAUACCAUUACCUGGACUGAUGAGCUUGAUUUCGGCGCUGAAAUUGUCCCAGCUUGUGCACGGUUAACUGCCGAAGAGAAUGACACCUCUGCUGAAUAGACUGUCUGGGUGUCUCUGUGUCCUCUGGAUCUUUGUUACAGUGAUACAGGGAGACUUUGUGGAUCUGCCAUCAGAGGAUCCCAUCCGCUCCUUGGCAGAGGUCGAGACCACCCUGCCCUGUCGCUACCAGCCAACUGGGGCAGACACUGUGGUGCAGGUCACCUGGUAUAAGGAGAAACCUGAUGCCACCAAGGAGCAGAUCAUCACUGCACACUUCAACGAAGGACAGACAGCGUUUGGGAUGUGGUCUAGACGUGUGCGCUUCAAAAGCACCGAACCCACCGUGGACUCGUCUCUGAUCAUCUUGAGCACAGAGGUCUCCGACGAGGGGAAAUACGUGUGCCGCGUCAUCACCUACCCCGCCGGCAACUUUGACAGAGAGAUGUCCCUCAUCGUGUGGACCGUUCCUAUCUCCACCCUGGACCCUGUGAUUCUGGUGGAGGGACAGUCCUUCCAGCCGGCCGCUACCUGUCGCUCUAUAGCCCACCCCCCUCCCCAGCUCUCCUGGGACACCGACCUGAAUGGCCAGUCCACCAAUCGCUCCUCCGACAACGGUGCCGUCUCCUCGUACUUCUCCCUGCACCCCCUGAGGAGCAUGAACGGCAAGAAGCUGGACUGUCUGGUGUGGCAUCCCACUUUAAAGGGCCCCCGUCGGUUCAGCAACAAGCUGGUGGUGCACUUCCCUCCACAUGCAGAGGUGUCUGGCUACAACGGAGACUGGUCUGUGGGUAUGGAGAAUGCUGCCCUGAGGUGCGUGAGUGGAGGAAACCCCAAACCACAGAGUUUCACCUGGACCAGAGAUGGGGGACAGUUGCCGGAAGGUGUGAUCCCCCACCCUAAUGGAACCCUGGUUUUUGGACGACCCCUGGACUUGUCAGAUGGAGGCACCUACCUGUGCGUGGCGAAGAAUGACGUGGGACAAGGGAAAGUGGAGGUGGAGAUUAGUGUGACAGAAUCUGGCCAAGAGAAGAGUGUAAUGGAAAACAAGCUGAUGAUCAUCGUGGGGUGCGUGGCUGGGGGGCUGCUGAUCUUGAUGCUCAUCAUCAUCAUCGCCGUCACUUGUCAUCACAAACGCAGGAACAAGAAGCUGGAGAAGGAGCUGACUGUGAGGAAGGAGGAAAUAAGCACUCUCACCAGGCAAGCUUCUUUCAGGAGAAUGAACUCCGUCAGCACAGAUGCCAGAGGAGCGACAGAGGAGAACAUCCCUCUGAGGGUGGAGGGAACCAUAAGGACCAGCAUGUCUUCCCUGGGGGAGGCUCACUGCCGUGACAGCCGAUCUACUAUCUCAGGUGGACGGGGAGGAGGGGUAGCGUUUGACUACCUGGGCAGGCCAGUCCUGCACAACAACUCGCGGAAGGGACGGGACAGGCUUCUGGAUAGAGAGGAGGAGAACCGAUCUAGAGUGGAGUCAUACGUGAGAAACAGCGCUAUGUCUUUACAGGAAACUCGUUUCCACCCUCCUCUGACACCAUCAACCUUCCCGAAGGUACAGUCCACUGAUGUCGUAAGACAGCUAAACGGCAGCGCCAUUAUCCCAUCAGAUGGGGGUUCAAGGCCAGGAAGUGUUACCAAGAAUCACCAGCACCCUCCUUUGAGCUCCAACUACCCACCGGUAACAGAUGAUGAGGAUGAAGUAGAUGAAGGUUUGGGAGGUCCCGCCAGUCAGGAGCAUCCCGAUGACCAAGACAGCGAGACCAACAGCUCCCAGGUGUCCGAGGCUCACAGCACACGCUAUCUGCAGACUAACGGCACACUCAGACCCAAACCCCGGCCAAGCCUUGCUGUCGUCAGCCCCCAUGCCUCCCUGAUCCACAAGGCCCAGAUAGUUUAGCAGGCAGCUGGAAAAUAACAUGUGAAACUACAAGAAUGGACAGCUCUGGUUUUGGAGGUGGUUCAAACGUGGAUACGCGGACAAAGUUGGCCCAGGAAACCAGUUUAUGGUCAAUUAUGAAAAUUCUGCCCCUUGACUACAAUGCUGCUUUUUCUUUAUUGUGUGUGGGACAUGAUGCAAUAGAAUAAAGUCUUAAAAGGAACAAUCUACUCUAAAGCAUCUACUGGACAUUUCUGGAUAUCUGAUUUCUGCCUGAUGUUUGGUGAUCAAACAUUGUGUUGUGUAUUCCCAAAGAGUACUGGCACAAACUAAGACAAUGUCGCAAUAUUUCCAGUGCAGCUAUUCUACGGUUCAUAGCAGACGAUACUCUUUGCUCGUCUUUCGCAAUGCAGUAUCUGUUGCUUUGUAGCAGGGGAAUGCAGUUGACAUACUUUAUGUGUGGGAUUUCGAAAGCAAGAACAUCAGUAGGAAAAUCAGGAAAAAAGCAGCAGGAAGAGUAGAGGAGGCUUUGGGAAAAGUUGGUACAUCAGAACCGUACAUUGCAACACCUCCGUACCGAGGGUGGAUUUAGGCUGUAGUGUUGUUCAGUGUAUCAGUGACUGUGUCUGUGCUAAGUUCCCCUUACACAACACGGUUUGGGAUCUGAUCCAAACCAUUGGGUUGUUCCUGUCUUGCCACGCCUGCAACAUGCAUACCUCCAUACUGCCAUACUGUCCUUGUGCCCUUGUAAGCGCAGAGACAUUUUGGAUCAGAUAAAGCCUUCACACAGCCAAAAAUGGCGAUACAUGUAGUUGAUUUGGCGAUCUGUAAAUCUGUGCAAAUAUGCAAAAUGAUUUUUUGAAUGAAUUAUCUCUUUAAAUCCCAAUCAUCAAUACAGUAAAUAAUAAAUUAGCUGACACAUAUAGCAGAUAAAUAAAUAAUUAACAUACCCUGCUCCUGCUCCUAUGUUGGCAAGAAUGAAAGUUUUAACACUACAUAUUAAACACGCACACACACUAAAUAAAUAGAAGUGUAUAUGUUGUGCACACAGACACACAGUGGAUGAAAGCUGGAAAAGCUGCCAUAUGUUUAUAAAAUACACUUUUAUUUCACUUUUUUCUACUGCAUUAUGUGCUACUUUUGUGACUACACUAGAGAGAAUCAGAAAAGCUGCCACAUCGUGGACAUACUUAUCUGAACGUUUUUAAAAAAAAAAAAAUUAUUCCAAGACAAGACAACGACUUUCCAAGUGCAGAUUCUUUAUUAUUUAUCUGUAGAUGAAUAACAGUAGAUAGCCUACAUGUUGUAUAUACUGUAUAUGUAUUGGGUUCUGUUACAGCUCUGAGAUGAGAAGCAAUGUGCCAAAGGGAAAAUAUUAAAAAAAACAUCACUUUUGCUUUUUUUGGCAAAUAUGAAGUAUUAUUUUGUUCUUCACACAUGUAUUACACUGUACUGUUUUGAUUUGUGUUACCUUCUGUAAAUACAAUACAGAUAUGCGACAGUUUGUGUCAAAGGCAAUGUGCCAUGUAUGAUUUACCGUCAGCCAACAGGGAAGAGCAGCAGAUGAAUGGUAUUAUGUGUGAAUGUAGGCUGUAUUUGUUGCAGACAGUGCCCCCUGAUGUAUACUGCUGGAAAGUGCAGGGAUCUGAAAGAGCCUGCUGCAAAACUACAGAACUAUGAAAGACUCUGGAUUCCACUGGGAUUUUGGAAAAAUGAUCUUCCGGGUCACUUGCCUGGAGUUUCAUUUAUUUUAAAGGCUAUGUAUGGGUAUCAGCUUGUAUUGAUGGGUUGCAAUAAAUGUGUUUUUGUAAAUCUUG